AAGCUUGUCGGUUCAUACGGAUGAACUUCUGUCUCACGCUGAGGAUACGACCCAGAAGACAACAUCGCAAAAUGAAGAGAAAUCACGACUUUAGCUCCUCAGACAGUGAGCUUGACGAGAACAUUGAAGUGGAGAAGGAGAGCGCCGAUGAAAAUGCCGGCGUGAAUUCUCCUCUUGGAUCGAUGUCUCCAUCUACAACCUCUCAAGUACAAGCGAGAAAACGUCGCAGAGGGAUCAUUGAGAAACGCCGUAGAGACCGGAUAAAUAACAGUCUGUCUGAACUGCGCAGACUGGUGCCCAGCGCGUUUGAGAAACAGGGCUCUGCUAAAUUGGAAAAAGCGGAGAUUUUGCAGAUGACCGUCGAUCAUUUAAAAAUGCUGCAUGCAGCCGGAGGAAAAGGUUACUUUGAUGCUCACGCAUUGGCCAUGGAUUACCGUGGGCUGGGUUUCCGUGAGUGUCUGGCAGAGACGGCCCGUUACCUCAGUAUCAUCGAGGGACUGGACAACACUGACCCCCUCCGCAUCCGUUUGGUUUCGCACCUGAACAGUUACGCCUCCCAGAGAGAAGCUCACUCCGGUUUGGGUCACCUGGCGUGGGGCUCUGCUUUCGGCAGUCCUCCCGGCCAUCUGGCUCAUCACCUUCUCCUGCAACAACAGCAGGGGGCGCCACUCCCACGCAGCAGCAGCAGCAGCCCUCCAUCCUCCACUUCAUCAUCAUCAUCUUCCUCAUCUCCAUCUGCCCCAUCCACAGAGCCACACGCCCCCAGCAGGCUGACUGGCACGGUGAUUACCGAGGCAGGGCAGACGGGGCCGCUGAGGGUGCCGCCCAGUACCUCCCGGCCUCCCGGGCUUACGCCACCUUCAGUGUCCAAGCUGUCUCCGCCCCUCCUGACGUCACUUUCAAGCCUUUCCGCAUUUCCCUUCCCGCUGAGCGCAUUUCCUCUGCUGUCCCCGAGCUCACUGGGUCCUGCGACUCCCUCCAGCAGCCUGGGGAAACCCUACAGGCCCUGGAGCAUGGAAAUAGGGGCCUUCUGAACUCUAAAUGAACAUUAGACUCUGUCGACAGUCAAGACUUUCUCUUUAUUAAGAGUGAAAAACGAUGCAGAACUGAUGUACAUGUUUGAAUUACGCUGCAUCUCAUGAUCUGAGAUGGGCUCAGGAGAUGGUCAGGUUCUAGUAGUUCAGUACAAAUCUAGUUCUUCCCUCAGAGGAGCAAGGUACUAUUCAGUUACCUGCCUUACCUUCUUGUUGAAGUGAAGAGAUAGAUAUAGAAAUAGAAAGACAGCAAGAGAGAGAGAGGGAGAGGUCAUUUGGAGCAAAAGCAAUGGUGAGAUGCAUAUAAAUAAUGUAAAAAAUUCAAAUUAAAUGGAGUUUUAAGGAGUUUUAAAGAUGUCCCCAGCGUUUUGAUCACAAAAAUAAGUCAUUUGCAUCCUCAUCUCAACGUCCAAGAGACGUCUAGGCUUCAGAAUGAAAGUAUUGUUUAAUUUAAAAUAAAAUAAAAAUGUUCAGCAUCAUCCCUAUUGUUCGUAUUGAGAAUCUAUGCAAUCCAGUUGUGUGACUGAUCUUUUGCAACAAAAACCCUCUCCAAAUAUACAAGACCUAUGCAAGCGAGCCUGUAUUCCUCACCUGAACUUCAUGAGCAAUAAUAGUACUUUAUUUUUAUAAAGAUUUUAAAUAAUUCUGGUCAGUGACCUAAAAUGUUUCUACUGUGUUUGUGUGUUAGAAAUGUGUUGUUUGCAGGGAAAUUUCCUUUUUAACAGUGACAAUCUAGACGCUUUUUCACGAGUGACAAUCUCUCAGAAAUGCACUAAUUUAAUCAUAAUAAAAGUUUGUUAUUAACAGACUUGUGUGUUCGUGCAUACAUGUUCAUCCAUCAGCCCAAAACAUCUCUCUCUCUUUGUCUUGAGGAGUGUUAUGGAAAAGAUUCUUUUUAAUAGGGAAUUUGCACUGGCAUAUCAGAUAUUUCAGAGAGAGGAGAAGAGAUAUAUUGACAUUUAUACAUCUUUGGAUGUUUGUUUCCCGAGAAUCACACCUUGAUAGCGCUACACAUCACCAACGGAACUGUAUACUGGAAGAGAUGGUGUGGUACUGUGUCUGUCCCUCACUGACCUGUGUGACUUUCUUGU